AUGCCGAUCUCUUAUGUGGAUGACAUCUCCGCCGGUAGUGGAGCCUUCAUUUUCCUGAAGAUUCUCCGAAGAUGGAAAGGUAGCCUGUACAAACUGGUAUGGGUCGAUCUCCUGCUUUAUCUGUGCGCUUACUACGCAAUAAGUCUGACCUACCGUCUUGCGCUUCCGGAGCCACAGAAAAGGGUAUUCGAGGAUGUUGUUCGCUUCUGCGAGGGUAUGAAAGGCAACAUUCCCGUUUCCUUCCUGUUGGGCUUCUUCGUCUCCGGGGUGAUUGGACGAUGGUAUAAGAUGUACAUGCUCAUUCCCUGGAUGAAUCAAAUAGCUUACUCGACUAUGUCCUACGUGAAUUGUGCCGACAAGACGAUAUCUCGUGGGAUCCGACUUUCACUGAUGCGCUAUAUGAAUUUGGCCUGGAUUCUUCUAAUGCGACGAAUUAGUGACCAAAUCGCCGACCGUUUUAAGCAGUUGGAUGAAGAUUCCAAUAGUGAUGAUGAGGGUAUCACUAAGUACUGUGAAUACCGUUCCACCAGAUGCAAACGACGCACAAAGUUGAAGCAUGCCAACCAACACCCUUGGAGCAUUUCACAGUUUCGUCGCAGCCAGCACAGCGCCACGCGCACUCCGCGCACUCCAUUCGAUGGUGGGGUGGCGUUCUCAUACAAACGAGCGAGCUUCUACCAUUCGACAUUGUUGACAGAUGAUUCUCCAUCUUCUCCCACUCCACGGGAGCAAAGCAUUGAUAUGUUCAAUCCCUUUGAGGGGGAUGACGAAUGGAGCAUUCGGGCGACGCUGCAUGAAUUCAACAAGGAUAGAAAAGUGCGGGAAACUUUCGGCAAGAUAAUAACUGAGCCCGAAAUCCGCGCUUUUGAGGCAAUUGCCAAGUACUACUUCAAACAGACUCGUCAACGCUACCUACCCGAGUACUGGGUGCCUCUCCAAUGGGCUGUUCGGCUGGUUCAAAAAGCCGGUCUGCAUGGCAACAUUCCCGAUCCUCGUAUGAUUGGUGUCAUGUUCAAGGAAAUUGGUGAAUUCCGAACUCAGCUACAAACCCUGGAGGUAUACAGCAGUAUUAUGAUGCCCCUAGUCUACACUCAACUAAAACAUUCCCAACUUUUACCAACGAGAGCGUCUAUCCUACAUUUAUGCAAUGCUUACUUAUCUAACCUCCUCCUUGGCCAGGUGGUGAUAAUCGCAGUGUACAGCUACUUCGGUUGUGAGAUUUUGGCCUCCCAAUUUCUGGAAGUUGCCAAGGUGCCAGGAGAAGCUGUGGUGGAUUUCUUCGUCCCUAUUUUCAGUAUCUUCUACUUUCUCUUCCUCAUGGGAUGGCUAAAGGUUGCCUUGUGCGUCAUGAAUCCGUUUGGAGACGAUGACGAAGAUUUUGAGACAUCGGCUAUCCUAAAUUACAAUUUAGACGUGAGUUAUCGAAGCGUUUUGAUGGAUGAGUCGACGUAUCCCGAGGGCUUAAGCGCAGCCACCUUCGAGACAAGUACAAUGAAAGGUGUGGAGGAUGACAACCUGGCCGAGUUCAUCAAGAGUGUCUCUGAUGAGUUGGCAAGGGUUGACAAUGCAGUAGAAACGAACGAACUGACGAAUCUGGAACUGAGGCACCAUCUUUGCGACUGCUGUUUUAGACUUAAGCCAGCUAAAAAACAACGCUUAGUAACGGAUCACUUCCACAUAUUCACCUUCACUCCAAAAAUUACGGCACGAAACACCAGCCCACAAGUGUCUGAACGAAUUGAUAUAAGUGAAUAUGGCGACUCCUUCCUCACCUUCCUUCCUUCCUUCCUCCUUUGUAGUAAGUGA